UCCUACCACACGGGCGCGAUCGCAAUGCGUGCCAACAAUACGGCGCGAGCGCUGUCGCUGGCGCUGCUGGUUCUGGUUGUUUCCGUGUUGGGGUUCGUCCCCGGCGCGAGCUGCACCGAGGUCUCGUACGACGAGCGCGCGCUGGUCAUCGACGGCCAGCGCCGCAUCAUCCUCUCCGGCUCCAUCCACUACCCGAGGAGCACCCCCGAGAUGUGGCCCGAUCUGAUCCAGAAGGCCAAGGACGGAGGCCUCAACACCAUCGAGACCUACGUCUUCUGGAACGGCCAUGAGCCGCGCCCUCGUCAGUAUAACUUCGAGGGGAACUACGACAUCAUGAGGUUCUUCAAGGAGGUGCAGAAAGCCGGCAUGUACGCCAUCCUUCGCAUCGGCCCAUACAUCUGCGGUGAAUGGAACUACGGAGGACUCCCUGCCUGGCUCCGUGACAUCCCUGACAUGCAGUUCAGACUUCACAACGAGCCUUUCGAGCGUGAGAUGGAGACCUUCACCACUCUGAUAGUGAACAAGAUGAAGGACGCAAACAUGUUUGCAGGCCAGGGAGGCCCCAUCAUUCUCACCCAGAUCGAGAACGAGUACGGGAACGUCCAGAGCAAUUUGCCAGACCAGGAAUCCGCCACCAAGUACAUCCAUUGGUGUGCUGACAUGGCUAACAAGCAGAACGUCGGCGUGCCAUGGAUCAUGUGCCAGCAAUCCAACGACGUCCCGCCCAAUGUGAUCGAAACAUGCAACGGGUUUUACUGCCACGACUUCAAGCCGAAAGGAAGCAACAUGCCCAAGAUAUGGACCGAGAACUGGACUGGAUGGUUCAAAGCCUGGGAUAAGCCAGAUUAUCAUAGGCCUGCUGAGGAUGUUGCUUACGCAGUUGCCAUGUUCUUCCAAAACCGUGGGUCGGUCCAGAACUACUACAUGUAUCAUGGUGGAACCAACUUUGGCCGCACCUCUGGAGGUCCAUACAUCACAACCACCUAUGACUAUGAUGCACCUUUGGAUGAGUAUGGUAACAUCAGGCAACCUAAAUACGGUCACUUGAAGGCGCUUCACACUGUACUGACUUCCAUGGAGAAGCAUCUCGUCUACGGGCAGCAGAACGAAACCAACUUGGACGACAAAGUCAAAGCGACAAAGUACACCUUGGACGAUGGUUCGUCUGCCUGCUUCAUCAGCAACAGCCAUGAUAACAAGGAUGUGAAUGUGACCUUUGAAGGAUCUGCUUACCAAGUACCAGCAUGGUCUGUCAGUGUUUUGCCCGACUGCAAGACUGUCGCAUACAACACCGCAAAGGUUAAGACCCAAACGUCUGUAAUGGUGAAGAAAGAAAGUGCAGCGAAGGGAGGCUUGAAGUGGUCGUGGUUGCCUGAAUUCUUGAGGCCUUCCUUCACCGACAGCUACGGCUCUUUCAAAAGCAACGAGCUCUUGGAACAGAUUGUUACGGGAGCUGAUGAAAGUGACUACCUGUGGUACAAGACAAGCCUGACCCGUGGUCCGAAAGAGCAGUUCACGUUGUACGUGAACACAACAGGCCAUGAACUAUACGCAUUUGUGAAUGGGGAGCUGGCUGGGUACAAGCAUGCCGUGAAUGGGCCAUAUCUCUUCCAGUUUGAGGCUCCGGUGACACUGAAGCCCGGCAAGAACUACAUCUCCCUCCUCAGUGCUACCGUCGGCCUCAAGAACUACGGAGCCUCCUUCGAACUGAUGCCCGCCGGUAUCGUUGGCGGACCGGUUAAGCUGGUUAGCGCCCACGGCAACACCAUCGAUCUCUCCAACAACACCUGGACUUACAAGACUGGCUUGUUUGGUGAGCAAAAGCAAAUCCAUCUGGACAAGCCUGGCCUCAGAUGGAGCCCUUUCGCCGUCCCAACCAACAGGCCCUUCACCUGGUACAAGGCUACGUUCCAGGCUCCCGCUGGCACGGAGGCCGUGGUGGUGGACCUGGUCGGCCUGAACAAAGGCGUGGUGUACGUGAACGGCCACAACCUGGGCCGCUACUGGCCGAGCUACGUGGCCGGCGACAUGGACGGCUGCCACCGCUGCGACUACCGGGGGGAGUACGUGACGUGGAACAACCAGGAGAAGUGCCUCACCGGCUGCGGCGAGGUCGGCCAGAGGUUCUACCACGUGCCCCGCUCCUUCCUCAACGCCGCCCACGGCGCGCCCAACACCGUCGUGCUCUUCGAGGAGGCCGGCGGCGACCCGGCCAAGGUCAACUUCAGGACGGUGGCGGUCGGCCCGGUGUGUGCGGACGCCGAGAAGGGCGACGCCGUGACCCUGGCGUGCGCGCACGGCAGGACCAUCUCCAGCGUCGACACGGCGAGCUUCGGCGUCUCCGGGGGCCAGUGCGGCGCAUACGAGGGCGGCAGCGGCUGCGAGUCCAAGCCGGCCUUGGAGGCGAUCACGGCGGCGUGCGUCGGGAAGAAGUGGUGCACCGUGAGCUACACCGAUGCGUUCGACUCCGCCGAUUGCAAGGGGUCCGGCGUGCUCACCGUUCAGGCUACAUGCAGCUAGCAAGCUGAGCAGAUCAGCUUAUUACUUGCUACUAGUAGUUAGAAACUUAUUUUGGGUCUUUGCGGUUUUGUAUAGCUAAAUUAAGUUAGGCCUUCAGUCAUCCAGUCUACCUGUACACUGAUGGCUAAUAUAUACACGGUCAAUAAUGCAGUUUCGAUACAGUAGUAAACCACAAGUUGACUGCACAUGGCGAAUUCUAUUUAUGUCAGCUAAAUUUGGUUUUUCAUCAAGAACGUUAAGAACAACGGCAAAUAACUGAUCACUUGGAUUUAGAAUAGCAAACCAGCGCAUCACCACAUUAAGAACAUUAAGAACAUUCAGGAUAUAGCAAGCUUGACUGCAGACCAGCACGUGGCCGCAAAAAAAUAUGGAUUUAGAAUUUCACGA